AUGUUAGUCCCAGACCGGCACCACUUGUUUUUAGGCACGAAUGGACAACCACAUAUUGGUCACAUUUCACCCCAAAAACUCCCAGGGACCUUCUGGAUAUCAGCCUAUUUCUUGAUCUCUUUGGCAAUGAUGUGGUGGAUUUUUCUGCUGCAGCUCAUCAACAGCUUUGAGGGUUUAUCUGGAGCUGAACAUGAGACGCUGUGCACCUCCACCACAUGCCUUACCCUGCAUAUGGACAGGGUGAGCUUUGAGAGGGCCGGUCAGAACUGUGUCCACAAUGGAGGUUAUCUGAUGACAGUCAGAAACCUAGAAGAAGAGGAUCUGCUGCGCUCGCUUCUCUCACAGAUCCCAAAACAUCAUCGGGACAGAACGCUUAAAUUUUGGAUUGGAUUAAAACUGCACCAAGGGAACUGUGUGACGGCUGACAAGAGUCUCAGGGGGUUUAAGUGGAUAUCUGGAAAGGAAGACUCCAACUACUCCAACUGGGAAAAAGAACCUGUAAACACAUGCACAGAGGAUAUAUGUGCAAAGGUUCAUUACAAUUUAUCAGUUUACAACCAACUGAAAUGGACUGCUGGAACUUGCAAAGGCCCUGCUUUUUAUGCAUGUAAGUUUUAUUUUAAAGGUAUGUGUCGACCUUUGGCUCUAUUAGGCCCUGGAAACAUCAGCUACACAGCACCAUUCUCACUUGAGCCACAAAGAAGUGAAAUGCAAUUAGUUCCGCUCGGAACCUAUGCUGUAAUAUCAUGUAGUGACCAACCGUCUCUUUACUCUGUGUGCAAGGAGACGGACAACAUUUAUUGUUGGACUGACCCUGGUCCAUUUUGCAAAACAGGAAAGCAUUAUUGCACGAUAAACAAUGGCGGAUGUGAACAUUUGUGCCACCAGGAUGCAGAUGAAGUUCGAUGCUUUUGCAAAGAAGGUUACGACCUGGCCGCGGAUGGAUACACUUGCAGGAUACAUGCCAUGUGUGGUGCUGACACCUGUGAGCACCAGUGCGUACUGGGGGAAUCUGGGUAUUCCUGCAAAUGUCAGGACGGGUUCGAACUAGAUGCGAACCAGCGUAACUGCUCUGACAUUGAUGAGUGCCAGACACAAGCCUGUAAGCAUCAGCUGUGCGGCUACGAAAUGGUUGGCGGUGAAUGCAUUGAUAUUGAUGAGUGCACGCAAACGAGAUGUGAGCACAGCUGCUCGAACAGUAUCGGAUCAUUCUCUUGUUACUGCAAUGAAGGCUUCACUCUAUCUGAGGACGGCCGAUCGUGUGUAGACAUUAAUGAAUGCGUCAGUAGUCUCUGUCGGUUCAAAUGCGUCAAUACGGUAGGCAGCUUCCUGUGUACCUGCCAGCAAGGCUUCCACGUGGAGACCGAUGGAUGGACCUGCGCUCCGGAUACGACAGAAAUAUCUGCUGCUUCCUCUGAUGACCCAGCAGAGGAGGAAACGCAAGAGAACUUCACGGAGUCCUUAAUCAGAACCACAGUCGAGCUCCAACACCAGUCCCCUCACACUGACGCAACGAUUCUAGACCUGGUGAACGAUACGCACAGGGAUCAGCAAAGCAACACAACCUUGGUGACGGGUUUUGCCAAGUCAUUUAAUUCCAGGGUGAUUGUCUGCAUCCUCGGUUCAGUCAUCCCUCUGCUGCUUUUGGUGGCAGUGACUGUGGCUAUUGCAAUCGUUCGAUGCAGUCGCUCCAAAAAAGAAGCUAAGAAAAGUAACACCACAGAUGGUUACUGUUGGGUGCCCUCUGGUUUGGACCAACGUUUAGAGAAACUAUAUGAGUCCAUCUUGACUGAUGACCUAUGACCUGAUAGUGAUGGAGAAGACUGUCUACAUGAAUUAUCAUGUUUAUUUAUGUUAUUUAUGUUCUUGCAACCUCCCUGGGUUAGGCUAUGUGUGAAAAAUGAUCAAAUCAGAAAGACAAUGUAAAAAAUAGAAAGUAAAAUUGUGAAUUUGAAA